AUGGCGCGAGUGACGCGUCGAGUACUACAGAUGAGCGACCGCGAGCUAGAGGCAGUCAUAGCCGUCGCCAUGCCCGGACGGCGGGUAGAAGGUAUGCGUCGCGAUGAGCUGCAGGAGAUUUGCAUGAAGUGGCUAUUCGCCAAUGGACUUUCUAUAAAUCAUCAAUUUACGAUUGAUCAUGAAGGCGACGAAAUCUAUGUGUUGAUGAGCAACAAAUCCUCGUGUACCUGCUGUCAAAAAGGUGAAGUCGCAUAA